AGGAAAUAGAAGAUAUAUGCCAGGUUCGAUUUGAAUCGACCACCAAACCACUAGAUGCUCAAAUGUAUGACUCUCUAAAAAGAGCCUUGUCGGGGACAUCGUUCUCCAAAUUCACAGAUAGAACGGCGAAUGGAGAAUACAUGAUACAGUUGUUAUUGACUGCGCUCUCAACUUCACAUACAGAUGAUGGUAAGAGCAAUAACAAGGCAGCUGAUGAUGUUGUACAAGACAAUCAAGAAACUGAAGACCUUCUACAGGGCUUGAAGCACUUUGAGAUAGCAUUACUUCUACAGGAUAACAGGUAUAUUGACAACAUCCUAAGCAAGGAGGAUGCGACUGAGCUCUCCAGAAUAGUUUCUGACUGGAGAGGAGAUGGACAUCAGCGAGAAGCAGAGAGUGACUGUGCUUCAACAACAGAUGCAGAUGGACCGAGUGUUAGUGAUACAAAUGUUGAAUGGGAAAAGGCACAGGACGAGUUUUUACAACAAUUGGAAGACGCCAAUAGUGAUCACCCCGAAGAUGGUCCUGCAGCCGAUUCUCAGGAUGAAAAGUUAGUGCUGAACAACCUGACAGUUCUUUCUAAAAAGAAGAGGCCUGCACAGGCGGGUGACAAGAGGCUAAAUUUCAAUCCUGAUGAAGCAAAAAAGACGUUGAAAGCUGCUGUAAAGUCCUCAGAGUUGACUUCUUCAGCACUCGAUUUAAUAUCACAUCCACAGGAUGAAAUCAAGUGCAUCUAUUUCUCCAACGCCAUUGAUGACCAGUUCUACGAAAGCUUAGUACCAACACUCACAGUAGAUGCUUGCCAUUUGUCUUUGUACAAUAGUCAGGGAUACAAAGAGAACUUUCUUACAUUAUACACUAUUGUUGGCCAGGCUGGGUCCAAGGGACUUGUUCCCCUGGGUAUGAUGCUUUCAAAGAAUGCAGAGUGUGGAUUAGAAUGGUUCACCUUCCUAUACACAUUCUUCAAGAAGAAUGGUGGAUCGCAUUGGAAGAAGUUACGAGAAUCUAUACAAUUACACAAUGAUAGUAUCACUGAGGAGAGCAUUCCCCCAUUACAAAUCAUAUCAGAUCAGGAUAAGGGUAUCAAGAAGGCCUUGGAUAUGUUGAGAACCCGGUGUGGUGUUCCGAUUGAGAGCUUUGCAUGCUCCAAACACGUCGAAAGAAACCUCUUCAAGUACACAAUUGCAAAGCAUAGAAGUGCUAUGCAACAUAACUUUUUCCGGUUGAUAUUUGAAUCUGAUCCCGCAAAGGUUCCACUAAUCCAAGAAGCUAUGAAGGGGGGUUUCUUUGAGAGGCAUAAGAGGGAGAAAGUUAACAGUACCUAUAAUCUUAUCACCAACACCCAAGACUGUGCUAGAGGUCUUCAACUUUACAAUUCGGUAACUCCAAGGUUUGAUAUCAUGACAUCCAAUCAUUGUGAGAUUUUGAAUGCAGAGAUGUUUGCGUUUAGGCGAUUGAACCCAACCAAUCUCAUUGUCGAAGUGCUGUCGAUGCAGUGUGAGAAGGUGAAAAUCACAGAGUCCAUGACCUUUGAUUGGAAUACAGUGAGACAGAUGCCUCAAUAUGAUGAUGAAAUGAAUGAUGCCAGCGAUUUGGAUGAUGGGAGCGACUCAGAUGAUGCCAGCGACUUUUCUGAUGAAGAGGAAGAACCAGAAUAUACCGAGAUACUCACAAACCAUGGCUAUUUCUUGUACUCGACAACCAUUAUCACUUCUUGUUGUUUAAAUAGCAAAGAGACUAAUGUAACCGUUGAUGAGAGUUCACCUGGAACUCAAAUGAAGACACACGAGCAUAGUGUAUGGUGGGACUGUGGUUUGUCUGUUGAGAAUCUUUUAAAGGUGUUGCGAGUUUAUGCGAAGAAGAUGAGAAGACGUGAUUCGUUUGUCAACUUUCGUGCUUAUAUUUAUGAUCAAUUGCGAGCCAGAACAGCCGUUGUUACUGAAAAGCGAUGCACCAUCUCAAAGGAGGGCGGAGAGGAAGUAAAGUCUACGUACAGUUGUUCCCAUUGUCGCAAUCAAGCGUAUACAUUCUUCGAAUGUCCACAUAUCACUUGUGUGAAGAUGAGAAGGGUUCUCAACGGUCAUGCCCUUAUCCCAUCAAUGCCUCAACUUGCCAAGCAUAUUAUCUAUGAAGAUAGUAGAAAGGAGAACGGAAAGAGGCGCUACAAUUACAUCCCACCAAUAUUCAGAUAUCAGAGCUGUUUUUCAAAGGCCAAUAGAUGUAUGAUACGGAAGACAGCGUCUCAAAGUUCCAGGUCAGCAGUGCAUACAUUCAACAAAGGAUUACUACUGAAGGCGAUUGAAGCGUUAAGAGGCCAUCACGAUACUGUGUUGGCGAUCAAAAAGAUCUCUAAGAAGAGGCAGAGGAUCACAUAUGGUUCCAAUAGGAUUCCUUCCGCAGGUGAGAAGAAGAAGAGAGGAAGAGGACGACCAAAAAAGUCAGAACAAAAGAGGAACUACAAAGCUAGGAAACUUAUGGAGGAAGCAAAGGUAGAUCCAAAGAACUCACAUCCAACGUAA